AAACAAGUAUAUAUAUGUAAAAUAGGGCGUGUUAACUCAUUCAUAGUCUCUCAUACGACCAUUAAAAAAAUCUCGGCGUGUCCUCAACGAAGAAGUAAAAAAAAAAAAAAAAAUGGAGCUGUUCGCCAAAGGUACGGCCGUUAGAUUACGGAGCUGUCACGAGAAAUACAUCUACGCCGUCGACGACGAAAAAACCAUCCGUCAAAGCUCCGACGGAACGUCACGGCAAUCUAUAUGGACGGUGGAGAUGGUGCCACGUAAACCCAAAUUCAUACGUCUCAAGAGCUGCUACGGCAAGUAUUUAACGGCGAGCGAGUCGUCGUUUCUUCUUGGGAUGACCGGCGCGAGAGUCAUCCAAACGCCGCCGUUUCGUCAGGCGGAGUACGAGAGCGACUGGGAGCCGAUACGAGACGAGUCAACGGUUAAACUCAUGUCGUGGAACGAAAAAUAUCUGCGAGGGAACGGAGGAGCUCCGCCGUGGAAAAACUCCGUGACGUGCGAUAGUGAGCCGCACGUACCGGCGACCAAGAAAUGGAUCUUGUGGUCCGUUGAGCUCGUUGUGAAUCCUGAGAAUGUUUCGUUUGCCGAUCGUUUCAUGUCCCCGGUUUCGAGUUUUAACUACUCGUCGGUCUCUGAUGACGGGUUAAAUCACGGGUCACCACCGGUUCAGAAAUUACCGACUUAUGGAUCUUCUGAAUCUAUCGGGUCGGAUCCUGGGUCGGUUACUUCUUCGAAACUUAUGUUUACUCCGUCAAUGUCGGGUACAUCGUCCCCAAAACCAACCGAGGUACAGAGGAAACCUUCGAAGAAGUUAGUCGUAGAAAAUGUAACAGCGAUGGAAAUAUUUAGGGGUGCGAAGUCGGUGCGAUUACGAAGCAGUGCACAUGAGAAAUAUUUGAUGGCUGAUGACGAUGAAGAGAGAGUGGUGAUGGGAAAAAACGGGUCGUCUAAGGAGGCUCGAUGGAGAGUUGAGUUGGUACCGGGAUCCGAAAAGGCGAUCCGGUUAAAGAGCUGUCAUGGUGGAUACUUGACGGCGUCGAAUGAGAGGUUGAUGUUGGGAGCGACGGGGCAUAAAGUGGUGCAGUCGAGGAGGAUACGAGCGGACGAGCCAGCGGGGGAGUGGGAGCCGGUUAAAGAAGGUUUAAAGGUGAGGCUAAGGAGUAGAAACGGUGGGAAUUAUCUAAGAGCCAAUGGAGGAAUGCCACCUUGGAGAAAUACGGUUACUCAUGAUUCACCGCACUCGAGUGUUACGCAGAGUUCGGUGGUUUGGGAUGUUGAUGUGGUCGAGGUUCAUGGGACCGGUUGAUUCAUGACUCUGUAACUAGUCUCACAACUUUGUUAACCUGUUUGCAACAAAGAUUAAUUUUUAUAUUUCUGAUGCUUGGUUGGAUUUAGUUUUUUUGUUUUGUUUUUGUUAGCUCAACAUCAACUUUCCAUUAACCAAAGUAUUACAACCAAAUCAAAGGCACAUUACAUUCACCUCUU